AUAUUAAUAAGGAAUGAAAAUAUAACCUCUACGUUUGUUUUUAAAAUGUCGUGGUAAAAUGUGGUAUAGCGCAAUAUUUCGUUUUAUACGGCGCAGAUUAUUUUUAGGACUCCUGUUAUUUCUUUCCUUCAGUUACUGUUUAUUUAGUUAUCUAGGAAAAACCGAUUUUCUUAAUAAUGAUGAUGUAGUAGUAGUUAAAAGAACCCAACCCUUCAUCUGGAGAAGUCUUCAACAGCACAAUUCUAGUAGUGACAACACUAUUUGCAGAAAUUCGGUUCAAGGAAAAGUACUAAUUGUCGACGACAGAGGUUAUUUAUGCCCCAGAAACGAAGUUUUUCAAAACGGAUGCUGCAACGAACAAUCCACAAGUGUAGUGCAAUAUUCUUGCGAAACCUGUAAACCUAAUAACUGUUGUACUAUUUACGAACAUUGUAUAUCGUGUUGUUUACAACCUGAUAAGAAAGAAGUACUGGAAAACGUUUUAGGGAAAGCUUCAGAACAAAUCUUAUUUGCUUCUGUUACGGAUCAUUUUGAACUAUGUUUAGCUAAAUGCCGCACUAAUUCACAAAGUGUGCAACAUGAAAACUCCUAUAAGGAUGCCAAAGCUAAGCAUUGUUUUGGUGAAGUAGCUCCUGUUAAUAUAGAUAAUGAAGUAUAACAUUGGGAACAUGUUGAAUUAAUUGUAUACAAUAUUUUUUGGUGCUUUUCUAUAAAAGUAGAUAAGAGGUAAAAAAUCUUCUUAUAUUGUUAUUUGAUAGCUAGAAAACCUAAAUAGGUUUGAUUUGUAAUCAAAAUUCAAUGCCUAAGAGAUUAAAAUCAAUUUAUUUGAUGUAGUAUUGAGUUGCCACUGUAUUGCAGGUUUUUUUUUGUCGCGUUUAAGAUAAUUUUAAAAUAUGUAAAGUAUAAAAUGAAGAAUUUGUUUAUUUUUUGUCUAAUGUGAUUAAAUUGGUUUUAUUAUUAAAGUAUAUAAAGUAAAGGCACCAUAAUUGACACAAUUAGAAUCUCUUAUGGCAUUUAAAUGUAUUUUUGGGGAUCCAGUAAUUGACAUCUAUUAUUCAGUUGCUGAUACUCCAGUAAUUGACAAGUGGUACACCUAUUAUUGACAAAAUCUUUAUUUUUUCUUCAUUAAAUAUUACAUAAGUAUAUGAAAUUAUUAAUGACUUAGUAAUAACAAAAGUAUUUAUCAUCAUUGGUUUCAGCAAUAUAGAUGUUUUUGUCGCCCUUCUUUGUCAGUACCUUAUCACAACACGUGUUACUUUAUUAGUUACAUCUAAUAGAUCCUUAAACUUCAGAUAAGCUCUAAUUUUCCAAAAUCAUUGUCUAAUUUUCUCUACUGAUACCUCAUGCCAGAGUUAAAUUUUGUGCAACUCUUAGACUUAGAUUUGGGUCCCUUCUAAGAAAUGGACUGAAUCGUUUUCUACCUGGGCGAGAAUUUCUAAAAAGAUGUGGACAUUUCUUUUUUGCAGUGAAGUGGUAUACUGUCUAAUAACUGAUCUUUAUGAACAGGGUGAUGAGCUUUAGCUGAAUAUAGUAUCCAUUGUUCUACCAAAUAUUCUUCUUCAGAGGUGAGAACUGUAGUUGGUCCCAUACGACAUUCUACGGGCAGCUUUCCACUUGACUCAAUUGACUUUUGCUACAAUUUCCAGAGCUUCAUUUAUCUGCUCUUUGGAAUAUUUUUUUGGUACCACAACUGCAAUGAGUUUCCAGUAACUGACAACUAAUGUACCAAUAAGUGACAUUCAUGUCAAUAACUGGAACUGGAAUAACUGGAACAUGAUAAUAAUCACUUGAUCCAGUCAUUGACACCCACGCCGACUUCAGAUCAUAAGUUUUACUGACAAAAACGCACCAAAUAUCCUUUGAUUAAUACUUAAAUUGCAUCCUCGACAAUAUGGAGUGAAAAAAAUAUUUGAUUCAAUUACCUUGACUUUAAAAUUUUAGUAUCUAGCUAGUAACGAAACUUUUCACUUUUGAAAUGAUAAGAAGUUAACAUCUGAUUUGUUUCAUACGUAGUACAGUGUUGCCAAAUAUGAAAUUUAUCAAGUUUUUGUAUUCAAAAUCGCUCUGAAACAAUUAUCUCAAUAACUGGUGCAUUUACCUUAAUAUAAAUAAAACUUGUGACCAAAGAUUUUACUAAUUGUUAAAAAAACUAUACUUGCAAUCACAUUUUUCUGUGGAUUUGAUGAAAUUCAAUAAGCUAUUAACUUUAACAACUUGGUCUAAUGCCUAACAUUUCCGAUAAAGUAAAAAUGUCUCUGUUUUUGCUAUUUUUUGAAAUAGUUUUUUUUGGUAUGCAAAAGUAUAUUUGGAGUAAAUUUCUCCCACAAAUGCAGUUAAGUAAUCCUCAUUUCAGAAAAUUUGUUUUUGUGGUAGUUUAGAAAAUAGCUCCAGUAAAAUAGAUUAAACCUCGAGUCUGUAUUUGGACUUUCCUCAUAAUUACUUUCAUUGUGUGGUUAGUAAAGUGGAUAAGAGGUCCCUCUAUUUCGGCCCUCAAUUUCCUGGAAAACUUUUUAUCUUCCUUCAGACGAUACUUUGAUCUCAGACUAGAUUUUGGUCUUCAAUAUGAUUUUCAAGGGAGAGAUCUAGUCCGUCGUGCCUCCAUAAAGCAUUCUUGAUAUUCACCGACUUGUUGGUUAUGACUUGUUUGUUUACUACAUCCAGUAAUGCUGUACCUUUGUAAUACUUGCAGCAGAUCUUGUCACUUGAAGAUCUUAAAAUUUUUAUCAAUUCUGGAUACUAAUUCUUGUUGAUUUAACAUCUUCAAUCGUUUGAUCAAAAUGAGCUUCUUCAAUAAAAUCAAUUUUUUUGGUAUGCAACAGUAUAUUUGUAGUAAAUUUCUUCCACAACUACAGUGAAGUAAUCACCAUGAUGAAUAGCAGUACAUGCAGUAUGUUCUUCAAAUAUGUACUUCUCAAAAAAUUUGCUUUUGUCGUAAUUUAAAAAAUAGUAGAAUAACAUUUGUAGCUCCAGUAAAAUAGGUUAAACCUUGAGUCUGUAUUUGCCCUUUCUUCAUAAUUAUUUCCAUUGUGUGGCUAGUAAAGUGGGUAAAGUGGAUAAAGUGUCCCCCCAGCUUCAGUCCUCUUUUUGUCUGGAAACUUUCUGCCUUCAUUCAGACGAUACUUUGAUCUCAGACUAGAUUUUGGUCUUGACUAUUGUUUUCAUGAGAGAGAUCUAGUCCGACGUGCUUCGCCCUCCCAUAAAGCCUUCCUGAUAUUCACGGAAUUCUUGGUUAUGAAUUGUUUGUUCACUACAUCCAGUAGUGCUGUGCCCUUGUAGUACUCGCAGCAGGUUUUAUUUUAUAAUAGAGUGAAGAAUGUCCUUGCAAGUUUCUAGUUAUGAAUAUUGAAUAUUUUACUUUAGUUCAAUUAUUCUGAUUAAUAUAAAAUUAAUAUUGUUUAUAGAAAACAAGACUUGUGACACUCACACUCUUAUGACGUAUAAUUUUAAUACUUUGGGAAACUAAAAGGUUAGAAAGUGAGUUUUGAUUUCUAUAAAUUAUGCUUAGUAUAUGUAACUAUAUUGAAAAUAAAAAUUUUAUAUAAAAA